CUGUCAUUAUUCAGUCAUUUUUCCAAACUCACGUGCAUCUUCUGACUGAAUAUUUCAGUCUCCAAGUUUCUAAAUGAUUCGUCCUGUUUUUACAGCGAGACCAAAAGCUACAGUGACAAUACACCCAGCUGAUCCUGUGUUCACCGGAGAGAGAGUCACUCUCACGUGUCAUAUAGGAAGUGGAGAUGGCUGGUAUUAUGAGUGGUUUAAGGAUGGUAAAUCUCUCAGUGAAGCUGGACAGAGGAAGGAAUACACCAUUUCUAAAGUUGCUGAGUCUCAUGGAGGAGUUUAUACCUGUAACGGAACACAGUCAACACAGCCGAGUUACUCAGACACCAGUGAUGCUGUUACACUGACUGUAUCAGAAAAACCUAAACCUGAACUCACAUCAAGCCAUAAAGGAGCUGCACUGAUAGGAAAUCCAGUGGUUCUGUACUGUAAGCUGGAUCAGUCCGCUGGAUGGAGGUUUUACUGGUCCAAACACACACAGAGCCCUGAGAAUGAGACCAAGACUGAAACACACUCCUACACCAUCAGCUCAGUCAGUGUCUCUGAUGGAGGACAGUACUGGUGCAGAGCUGGGAGAGGAACCCCAGUCUACUACACUCACUACAGUGAUGCUCUCUGGAUAAACGUCACUGGUACGACCCGUUCAGACUCUCUGACAGUCAGUCCCAGUAGAGCUCAACACUUUAGUGCUGACUCUCUCUCACUGAGCUGUGAGGGACAGAGUGACUCUACUGGAUGGAGAGUGAGACGAUACACACACAGUGAGAAGGUGUCAGAUUGUUCAUCAGGCCUGGGAUCAGUUACAGGAUCUACAUGCAGUAUCAGCUCCCUCAGCACAUCCCACACUGGAGUGUACUGGUGUGAGUCUGAAUCUGGAGAGAGCAGCAAUCCUGUCAGCAUCACAGUGACCAAUGGUUCUGUGAUUCUGGACAGUCCUGUUCAUCCUGUGACUGAGGGAGAUCCUCUGACUCUGCGCUGUUUAUAUCGUGACCCAAAGCCCUCAAACCUCACAGCUGAGUUCUAUAAAGAUGGAUCACUCCUCCAGACUCAGACUACAGGAGAGAUGACCAUCCGUACCGUCUCAAAGUCAGAUGAAGGUCUCUACCACUGUAAACACCCAGAGAAAGGAGAGUCUCCACAGAGCUGGAUCUCAGUCACAGGAGCUUCGUUCUCCGUGUUCAGUCUGCUCAGUAGUUUAAUGGCAGUGUCUCCGUAUCUGCUGGUGACCAUUGUGCUGGGGGUCAAAUGCUACAGAGCUCAAGCUAGACCUGAUGAGGAGAACAAGCAGUGACAGAAGCUGGAGCAUGAUGAUGAGUGUCAUGAGUUUUACAUUAGAAUUAUUCAACUGUGUGUUUUAAACCUCUUUCUCUCUUAUUCACAAUAAAUCAGGUUCAUGCUUAAUGAAUAGUUUUGCACGUCUUCA